AUGUUUCUGGAGGCUGUUGUCCAGUGGGGGGCAUGGGGCAUCCUGUUUCUGUGUGUGGCUGGGGCAUCGACAGCACCCAAGCUCUCAAAGCCUUGCCCGCAGCAGUGUGAGUGCCACCUGGAGACCAUGGAGGUGAACUGCUCCAGGAGGCAGCUGAGUGCCGUGCCUGAGAGCCUCUCAAGUGAUUCCCAGCGCCUGGAUUUAGCUUACAACCGUCUGAAGACACUGAGCCGUAGGCAGUUCUCAGGCCUGACACUGCUACGGGAGCUGGACCUGAGCAACAACAUCAUUUCCAUGAUUGAGGUUGAGGCAUUCCAGGGUCUGCAAAACCUUCAAAUCCUCCGGAUCAAGUGCAACCGUUUGAAGAUCAUUCCCGUGGGUGUAUUCUCAGGAAUGCCAAGUCUACGUACCUUGGACAUCAGCAAAAAUGAGAUCCUUGUCUUCCUGGACUACACCUUCCGUGAGCUGGUCAGUCUGCAGCAGCUUGAGGCUGGGGAAAAUGACCUAGUUUUCAUUUCACACCGAGCAUUUAUGGGCCUUCAGAACCUGCAGGAACUCAACCUGGACAGCUGCAACCUGACCUCCAUUCCCACAGAGGCCCUGUCUCAGCUUCAGAACCUCACAAGGAUGCACCUGCGUCGGCUAAGCAUUAGCAUUCUGCCAAGCAACUCCUUCUGCCGACUGAACCGCCUGCGCCAACUAAGAAUCUCACAGUUGUCUUCUCUGGACACUAUGAGCAGCAAAAGUCUCAUUGGACUCAACCUCACCUCCCUAACUAUAAACAAAUGCAACCUCAACACUGUUCCCUAUGCCUCUAUUCACCACCUAGUCUUCCUCCUCUAUUUGGACCUUUCCUACAACCCUAUCACUGUGGUGCAUGGGAACCAGCUUGCAGACCUGAUUCGUCUCCAGGAGUUUCACCUGGCAGGCGGCCGCCUGGUCACAAUCGAGCCGGAGGCCUUCAAGGGACUUGCCUAUUUGAGCUUGCUGAAUGUUUCCUCAAACCAGUUGUCCACACUGGAGGAGGGAGCCCUUCAGUCUGUGGGGAAACUGGAGACCCUGCGUCUCGAUGGCAAUCCUCUCUCCUGCGACUGCCGUUUGCUUUGGGUGGUACAACGUCGUUCGUGGCUGGACUUCAAUGGGCACCAGCCCUAUUGCGCAGCCCCAGAUUUUGUGCGGGGUCGUGGGUUCUGGGACUUCACAGAGGUUGAGUUGCCAGGCCUAUUCACCUGUCGACAAGCCCGCAUCCUGGACCGCAAAUCCCAGCAGGUUAAGGUGGAAGAGGGCAGCAGAGCACUCUUCCACUGUAUGGCAGAUGGGGACCCCUCACCCUCCAUCAUCUGGACGACCUCCCAGCAUGCUGUGCCUUUGGUAAAAACUCUGACUGGCAGGAUCAGAGUUUUAACCAAUGGGACGUUGGAGGUACGGUAUGCUCAAGUACAGGACAGUGGAUCUUAUCUAUGCACAGCAAAUAACAUUGCUGGGAAUGAUAGUUUUUCUGUCAGCUUGCAAGUGUCAGCCCUGCCCCACUUCCGGAACCGCACUGCCCCCUACUUCUCAGAAGUGGUAUGGACAAUACCUUCCACUCCCACUGCCACCAACUCUUCUGCCCAGGCUACUGACCCCUUCCCAUUUGAUGCCAAGACCCUGAUAAUUGCCAUGACCAUGGGCUUCUUGUCCUUCCUCAGUUCAGUAAUCAUCUGCUUUGUUUUCAUGUUCCUCUGGAGUCAGAGCCAAGGACAGAUCAAGCACACUGCCACCAUCAAUUUUGUCCCCCGUGCCUCAAAGGGUGGUGGUGGGAAUGGUAAUGACUCCGGCAGGUUCACCAUGAAGCUGAUCUAA